AUGUGUCACAAAACUUUAUAUUCCGACAUCAGUCUAAAAACAACUUCAUUUGAUGCAGUUCUGAAAAAUCCAAUCAACGUACCCACCACUACUACUCCUUCAUCGAUCAUUCUCCCGCUCCCCCAAAAAAUGUUCUCACUCGACUUGAACCCAUAUACGAUUCUAAUAACAUCAUUUACACUACUCCUAUUACAGAAAUUGAUUACCUUGAUAGGCAAAUCCACAAUCCAAUCCAUCGUUUGGAAUUUCUACACAUCAACACCCUUGCUAACUCAAAGCAAAUCCAUUAAAGAAUACGCAGCAAAACAGCAUGAGAUUAGAAUUUUAACUCAUGAGCAAAGAUCUAUAAGUGCGCAAGAUGAGUAUGCAAAAUGGACUAAAUUGAAUCGUAAAUUGGACAAAUUGAAGCUGGAAUUGCAAGAGUUGAAUGAGAGUAUUAGUGUUGACAAGACAAAAGUAAACUCCUUGACUAAUUCAUUGAUUUGGAUAAGUACGGUAUUACCAAUUUGGAUAAUGAGAGUCUUGUUGAGAAAGACAAGCUUGUUUUAUAUUCGUGUGGGUAUUUUACCUCAUUAUAUUGAAUGGUGGUUGGCAUUACCAUUUUUUAAGACCGGGACCAUUGGGUUAACGUGUUGGAUGUUUGCUGUGAAUUAUGUCUUGAGUGAUUUAAUCUUUAUGGUUUCUUUCCCAUUUCAAGCGAAAGUUGAUAAACCGGAAACCCCUGUGAAAGUCGAAGAGAAGCCAAAGGUUAAAGAGGUGAAUAUCGUUGAUGGUUAA